AUGCCUGCUUCCCUGAGGACGCUGGAGCUGAGUCACUGCGAAAUCCCUGCUGCCUGCGACCUCCGCCCGCUCCCCUACCAGAGCAUGCCUGCUUCCCUGAGGACGCUGGAGCUGAGUCACUGCGAAAUCCCUGCUGCCUGGUUCCAGGGCCCUGCCGCGAGCGCCCUGCCCCAGCUGCAGCAUCUCAUCGUCCGGAACGUCCCUGCCUUUUGCGACCAGCAUCUGCUAAACGUCUCCUCCCAGACUCAUCUGAAGACGCUGACCCUGUCUGGGACCUACCGGGUAACAGACGCAGGGAUUCAGAGAGCAGCGGUGUACUUGGGGGGGCUGGAGCGCCUUGUGCUGCGCCACUGCGUCAUUACCGACUCCGCUGUUCGUUUCAUUGGGCGCCAUAUGAAAUGUCUCCGACUGCUGGAGAUCAGCAAUGCUUAUUCCUUGACAAAUGCAGGUUUGGCUUGCCUAGCGACCCUGAAGUGCCUGGAAACGCUCUGCCUUGACCUCUGUGAUAAGUUCUCCCCUGAUGCCAUUGUUGCUUUGUGCCAAGCACUCCCCCAGCUGAGGAAUCUCAAUUUAGAUGGGGCUCAUUUUGAAGAUGAGGCAAUACAUAAAAUUCAGGCGAGUUUGCCUAACUGCAGCUUUUCACAUACUCCUUGAUACAGAUUCUGAAGCAAGAUGUUAACAGUUUAAAGUGGCAGGACGCUCGCCCUUCAUCACCAAGCUUCAAAUGUGCUUUUUUGGGUAAUGAUUUUUUUUUUCCUGGUAACAGUUGUAUGCUCCCACUCAGGCUAAAACAGUGCUGUGAAAAGAGCCAAUUUUCACAUUGCAAAGUCAUGUAAAUAGCUUGGUGAGAACUUGCUUCUGGUGGGAUCCCUCCAUGGAUCAGGCAAAUUGGAAAGUCAGUGAAUACGCAGCUGUUUACGUUUGGGAACCCCAGCAGUGAAUUGACCAAGGGCUGACAGAGGUUUCAGAGAGUGAGCAAGCGAGUGAGCACACGUGUGUGUCCAUAUUUAACCUCUUCCUGUGCCCUGUUUCACCCCUGUGCUGAGCAUCAGGCAGCAGUUCAACCAGCACAGAAUUCAAGAGAUGAAGUGAGAUGCCCUACUGCCCCCCACCAAAAACAAACUACCAAAAAAAAAAAAAAAA